AGUCUGGGCAUGUGCAGAGCGGGCCGGGCUGCUCGCCGCGCCCGCCGCGCCCCGGGGCUCCGGCCGCCGCCCGCCCGCCCGCUGCCAGGUGAAGCCGCGCUAGGUGAGGUGGAGCGGGGCGGCCGGGCAGGAUGAACAGCUCCGAUGAGGAGAAGCAGCUGGAGCUGCUCGCCAGCCUCAAGGACCAAGCUAUUGGCGAAUAUGAAGAGCUUAGAGCAGAAAAUAAGAAAACGAAAGAAGAGUGUGACAAAAUCAAGCAAGAACGAGAUGAAGCUGUCAAAAAACUGGAGGAGUUUCAGAAAAUUUCUCACAUGGUUAUUGAGGAAGUAAACUGUAUUCAGAACCAUCUUGAAAUUGAGAAGACGUGCCGUGAAAGUGCUGAGGCUUUGGCUUCUAAGCUGAACAAAGAAAAUAAGACCUUGAAAAGAAUUAGUAUGCUUUAUAUGGCAAAACUGGGCCCAGAUAUUAUCACUGAAGAGAUUAACAUUGAUGAGGAUGAUUCAUCCACAGAUACAGAAGCUAACUCUGGAUCAUGCAAUUCUGUGCACUGUCAGCAGCAAAUAAAAGAGCUGCGAGAUCAAAUCGUAUCUGUUCAUGAGGAAAAGAAGACCUUGGCCAUUGAACUGGAAAACCUGAGGUGCAAACUUGUAGAAGUAAUUGAAGAAGUAAAUAGAGUGAAAGACGAAAAGGCUGCUUUGACAUCAGAAGUUAAUAAGCAGCAAAAACUGUUGGAGAAAUGUAACAGAGUGUCUGUGCUGGCAGUAGAGGAAUAUGAAGAGCUCCAUGUAAACUUUGAACUGGAAAAGAACCUGCGGAAGAAAGCAGAGUCAUUUGCACAAGAGAUGUUUAUCGAACAAAACAAGAUGAAAAGGCAAAGCCAGUUGCUUCUGCAGAAUUCUGCGCCUGACCAACAGCUUUUGAAGGCUCUGGAUGACAAUGCUAAGCUAACCCACACGUUAGAAGAAGAAAGGCUUCAACACCAACAAAAGAUCAAAGAACUGGAAGAGCAGCUAGAGAACCAAGCUCUGCAUAAGGAAAUCAGUCGUCUUAAGCAGCAACUAGAACUCUUGGAAGAAGAUAAAAAGGAACUAGAGCUCAAGUGUCAGCACUCAGAAGAAAAAGCUAGAGACCUAAAGCAUUCAGUUGAUGAACUUCAGAAACGAGUACAGCAGUCAGAAAAUCCUGCACCACCUCCUCCACCACCGCCACCUCCUCCUCUCCCUCCUCCCCCUCCUCCUAACCCUAUACGGUCUCUCAUGUCAAUGAUUCGCAAGAGAUCUCACUCCAACACCAACGUGAGCAAGAAGGAGAAACCUCCUCAGCAGGAGUCUGCAGGUGAAGAAGUUACAGAUCUGAAGAGACAAGCUGUUGAAGAAAUGAUGGACAGAAUUAAAAAGGGAGUUCAUCUGAGACCAGUGAACCAGUCAAGCAGGCCUAAAACAAAGCCAGAAACACCAAAGCCCUCCGAAAGUGCAAUGAAAGAAUUAAAAGGGAUUCUGGAAACACUGAAUAAAUCCACUAGUUCCCGAAGCUUGAAGUCCCUCGAAACAGACAGCAGUGAAACAGAGCUGGAGCGAGUGCUGCGGCGCCGGAAAGUGACCACAGACCAGGACAGUGGCAGUCCCACUGGAAUCUUGGCCACAUCAGAAUCAAAAUCUCUGCCUGUGCUAGGUUCUGGAGCCAGUGCUGCACAAACAGCCCUGAACAAGAAAGACCUGGAGGCACAAUUCACUUCCCAAGUUCCUGACUCAGGUCCCACCUCUAACCAGCUUAAGGGAGUAACAGGCUGCAAGCCUACACUACAAUCAACUAGUCAUCCAGAAUUCACAAGAAAAGCUUCUAGUGGUGAAAAAGAGACAGAAUCCGUGGUGGUUUUAGAUCCCGUUUCCACCAGUGGGGAGCAGAUGUCUGAAGCCGCGCUGAGCCAGAACAAAAUGAGAGAAGGAAAACUCAAGCCCCUGCAUAAAGAAACUACUGUUGGGAAAAUCAAAGAAACAGACAGCUCUAACUGUUAGUUGUUGUUUGGAAAGGCUGUAACUUUUUGGGAAUCAUUAUCAGGACAUGUGGGUUGCUUAGGUGUGUUACUAGGGGCUGCGGUCUGUUCUUCAACUGGUUUUCAGUAAUAGACAUUGAAAUGGUCUUUUGUACUGCAGUUUUGUUACAUGCUUUAAAGUGUUACAUAACAAUAUAUCCCUCAAAAUCCCAUUUCUGUGUUAAUUUUGCAGCUAUGGUUAUUAUUUUCUUAGAUAGGGUCAGUUACCUUUACUUUAAACUGUACUUGAAAAGGCUUUUGAAAUUAUUCUUUUACUGAGAAGAUGCCUUGUCCAUUCCAAAGCUUGCCAGAAGCCCCUUGCAGCCCUUCUGAACUGCACAGGUCUGGGUUAGACCCUAUGAAGGUGAUAACACACAUAUCAGCUGUACAGUGGGGGGUUACCCAUUAGUAAAAACAUCAGCGUUUGGACACAUUGGUUUGAAAGUAUUUUGGUAUCUACUUAAACCAGGACCUCGUAGGUCUCCUCCCUGCCCUCUCCACAGAGGCUGUUGUGAGGAAGCUGAAAGCACAAGCACACCAUGUCUGUUUCAGACUCCCCAGUGGCCAGCCAGGUCAGGGACUGAAAAGCAGAGGCAGUGCAGCAUUAUUUUGGUACCGAGACUUCUGGUGAUGAUAAGCCAGAAGUGUGUGAGCUGAAGCUGGUGCUCUCAUUUGGAUGAAAAGCUUUUCAAAGGAUGAUUUACAUCCUGAGUUUUGUUUCAGUGUACACAGCAAAGUGUGGAACUGCUGCAAGGGGAGUCUGCACUUAAAACUGCAAAAGAACAACUUAUCCUAGGCUCCCUGAUCAUGGAGCACAUUUGGGAUUCACUCAUCCUGGGACCAAGUUAUUUGGCAUCAGCAUUUUGAGAGCUUCCAGCUGAAAGCUGCAGCACUAACAGAUCAGCCUUUGCUUUGCAGCUGGUACACACUGGCGGCAUUAAUUACUUGAUGAGGUAACACUUUAGAUGUCUGUAUUUGAUAACACAAAUCCCUGUUUCCCUCAGCCCUUACUUCCUGUGAAGGCAGUGGGACAGGUAUGUCACCCAUUCCCUCCACUGCCAACUCACAUUCCAUUGUAGUCUCUUCUUAAAUCCAACACGGUAUCUCAUCCUUUUAUAACGAACAAACAAAUGUAAUCAGGGAUUUACCUAAAGGUGGGUGUAACUGAAAUUGGGUGGUCAAGUACUUGAAUGCACUUGGAUUCUUUUUUAUUUCAUGAUUUGAAACAGUGAUAGUAGUGAUGGGUGAAUGUUCUGAGUUUGGUGGUUUGGCUCUGCAUGCAACUGUCUGGUGCUUUCCCUACCAAUAAAAUGAUAGUAACGAGUGUGGUAGUUUCACAUCUUCUUUGGUGCUUUUUGCAUGUUUGCUGAGAAAAUCUUGGACUUGGUCUAAUUACAGGACUACCGAGAAUUCCUAAACUUGGGGAAAUUUGUCUCUCAUUGAUAUCCCCAUUUGGGGGGUCGGGGAUUGGGUCUGGUGGUUCAUUUUUCUCUUGGGUAUCUGUUACACUGAAUUUAAAAUGCAACAUUUUAUAUAUGUAUUUUUCCUCUGGAAUUACUGCUUCUGUAUUAUAUGUUCUAAUUUUCAAAUGGUACCAAACCCACAAGUUUUUUAAAGACUCUUUCUUUCACUUGAGCUGUUUGUUACCUCGGACAUCAAUUACUUAUUUAUCUCUUCUCUGGUGCUUAUUAAAAAGACUCCUGACAAGUUUCCCAGA